GAAAGAUUCGGGGCGGGGGGGAAGGACUUCCCUGGCGGAGAAGUGGAUAGGAACCUGCCUGCCAAUACAGGGGACAUAGGUUCGAUCCCCGGUCCAGGAAGAUUCCACAUGCCUUGGAGCAACUGGGCCCACAAGCCACAACUACCAAGCCUGCACGCUGUAACUACUGAAGCCCGUGUGCUUAGAAUCUGUGCUCUGCUACAAGAGAAGUCACUGCAAUGAGAAGCCAGGACACCACAUCAAAGUGUAGCUCCUGCUCGCGGCAACUGGAGAAAGCCUGAGCACAGCACCAAAGACCCAGUGCAACAGAGAAUCUUUGCAGGCGUGGUCCUUGGCAGCAGUCUCCCCAGCAUGGGGGUGAAGCGGAGCCUUCAGAGCGGGGGCACCACGCUGGGCUUCUUGGCCAACGUCUUCAUCGUUCUGUCCAGUGCCUCCAACUACUGGAUCCGCUACUCCGGGGGCCACAGCGGCCUUUGGCAGGAGUGUAACCAGGGCAUCUGCUCCAACAUCCCCUGCGAUAGCAGGCUGACGGUGACCGGGGGGUGCAUGGUGCUGGCGGCGGGCUGCGGCUUCGUGGGCUUCGUGAUGGGGCUACGGAUUCUGUGCAAUGAGGGCUACUCUCGGGGUCAGACCACGUGUUCCGUCUUCUUUAUCUCGGGCCUGCUUCUGCUGAUCGCCCUGACAGUGUACACAGUGAAGAAUGCAUGGAAAGACGACGUCUUCUAUUCCUGGUCCUAUUUUUUGGGGUGGCUGGCUUUACCCUUCUCUAUUCUCGCGGGUAAUCUGGGCAGCAGAAGAGGGUGGAGAGGAGACUUCCCCGAGGGCCCCAUCCCCCUCCUUGCAGAGACUUCCCAGCUGCCCUCCCAGGGACUUCCUAACACCCUCCACUCUGGGCCCUUGGAGCCCCAAACCCCAGUCCCCGGAGCCCUCCUGGUCAUCUGCCCCAGGACCCACCUUGCUCCACCCGCCCUCCGUUCCCCUUCCCGCCAGGCUUCUGCUUUCUGCUGGCGGACAUGAUCAUGCAGAGCACGGAUGCCAUCAGUGGAUUCCCCGUGUGCUUAUGACCGCAGCUGCCUGGGGGCAGAAUAAAGGAACGGAUC